AUGGCAGACCUGUCCACCACCCCGCCGCUGACCCGCGCCUCCGUGCAGGCCGCCCACGCCCUCAUCGCGCCGCACGUCCACCGCACCCCCGUCGUCACCUCGCAGGCGCUCACCCUGCUGGCCUCGACGCCCCGCGCCGACCUCGCCGGCACCCGCUUCGCCGACCGCGCCGCGACGCCCGCCCGGCCCAAGCUGCGCCUCUGGUUCAAGUGCGAGAACCUCCAGCGCGUCGGCGCCUUCAAGGCCCGCGGCGCCUUCCACGCCGUCGCCCGGCUGCUGAGCGACGACGAGGAGCACGGCCUCCCCGCGCACAUCGUCAUGCCCUCCGUGUCCGCGCCGGCCAAGGUCGCCGCCACGCGGGGCUACGGCGCGCACGUCGUCUUCAGCGGGAGCACCGCCGCCGAGCGCGAGGUGGUCGCCGCCGAGGUGGUCGCCGCCACCGGCGCGCGCCUCGUGCCACCCUACGACCACCCGGACAUCAUCCUCGGGCAGGGCACCAUGGCGCUGGAGCUGCAGGAGCAGGUCGCCGAGAUGAUGGCGCCCUCCAAGAACCCUUACCGCCGGGUGGGUGGGAAGACGAAGACGAAGACGAAGACGACGCUGGACGCGGUGAUGACGCCGUGCGGCGGCGGCGGGAUGCUCGCCGGCGUGGCGCUCGCGUGCGAGGGUACGGGCGUGCGCGUCUUUGGCGCGGAACCGUCGUUCCAAGGCGCCGACGACGCGCGACGCGGCUUCGCGGCCGGCGCGCGCAUCACGGAGGUGAGCUCGCGGACCGUCGCGGACGGGCUGCGCACGCCGCUGGGCGCGCACAACUGGGGCGUGAUUUACGGGCGGCGGCUGGUAAAGGCCUUGUACAGCGUGACGGAGGGGGAGAUCCUGGCGGCGAUGAGGCUGGUGUUUGAGCGGAUGAAGAUGGUGGUGGAGCCGAGCGCGUGCGUGCCGCUGGCGGUGGCGCUGUUCGACGAGGACUUUCGCGCGAUGGUGGAGAGGGAGGCGGGCGAGGAGGGCUGGGAUCUGGGCAUCGUGCUCAGCGGUGGGAAUGUAGGCACGGAUGCGCUGGUGAAGCUGUUCGGGGACAAGGAGGGGAUGGAGACGUGA